AUGAGACUCCCAAGUGGUGAUAGACGAGAAUGGUUGAAGCCAAUCAUGUUUAGUGGGGGCAUUGGGCAGAUUGAUCACACCCAUAUAUCAAAGGGAGAGCCUGACAUUGGAAUGUUGGUUGUAAAGAUUGGAGGCCCUGCUUAUCGGAUUGGAAUGGGGGGUGGGGCUGCAUCAAGCAUGGUUAGUGGCCAAAAUGAUGUGGAGCUUGAUUUUAAUGCUGUACAGAGAGGAGAUGCGGAGAUGGCACAAAAACUUUAUCGUGUGGUUCGUGCCUGCAUAGAGAUGGGGGAGGAUAACCCAAUCAUUAGCAUUCAUGAUCAGGGAGCUGGUGGAAACUGCAACGUUGUUAAGGAAAUUAUAUAUCCAAAGGGUGGCCAGAUUGAUAUCCGAGCAAUUGUGGUUGGUGAUCACACAAUGUCUGUCUUGGAGAUAUGGGGUGCAGAAUAUCAGGAGCAAGAUGCAAUCUUGGUGAAGCCUGAAAGCCGCAGCCUCUUGCAAUCAAUAUGUGAAAGAGAAAGGGUUUCUAUGGCUGUAAUUGGAACAAUAAAUGGUGAGGGGCGUGUUGUUUUAAUUGAUAGCGUAGCCAUUCAGAAGUGUCAAUCCAGUGGACUCCCUCCCCCUCCUCCUGCAGUCGAUUUGGAGCUUGAGAAAGUACUUGGUGAUAUGCCACAAAAAAGUUUUGAAUUCCACCGGAUGGCAGAUGCACGAGAGCCACUUGAUAUUGCUCCUGGAGUCACAGUGAUGGAUUCUCUUAAGAGGGUAUUGAGACUUCCAUCUGUUUGUUCAAAGCGCUUCUUGACAUCAAAAGUAGACAGGUGUGUUACUGGUCUUGUAGCACAGCAGCAAACUGUUGGCCCCCUACAAAUUCCACUUUCUGAUGUUGCUGUAAUCGCUCAGACUUUUACUGACUUGACUGGAGGUGCAUGUGCCAUUGGGGAGCAGCCAAUUAAAGGUUUGCUGGAUCCAAAAGCAAUGGCGAGAUUGGCUGUUGGAGAAGCACUGACAAAUCUUGUUUGGGCAAAGGUCACUUCUCUAUCUGAUGUUAAAGCAAGUGGAAAUUGGAUGUAUGCGGCCAAGCUUGAUGGAGAAGGAGCAGCUAUGUAUGAUGCUGCUAUAGCUCUAUCAGAUGCUAUGAUUGAACUUGGCAUUGCUAUUGAUGGCGGGAAGGACAGUCUUUCCAUGGCAGCUCAUGUUGCAGGUGAGGUUAUUAAGGCUCCUGGCAAUCUUGUAAUGAGUGUAUAUUGUACUUGUCCUGACAUAACAAAAACAGUAACCCCCGAUUUAAAGCUCGGGGAUGAUGGUGUGCUGCUUCACAUUGAUUUGGCAAAGGGAAAGCGGAGGAUAGGUGGGUCUGCUCUUGCUCAGGUUUUUGACCAAAUUGGGAAACAGUGUCCUGACAUUGAGGAUGUUCGUUAUCUUAAGCGAGUUUUUGAAGGAGUUCAGGUCCUUCUUGCUGACCAAUUGAUCUCUGCUGGUCAUGAUAUUAGUGAUGGUGGGCUAUUGGUCUGUGCCCUUGAAAUGGCAUUUUCUGGGAAUCGUGGCAUUACCUUGGACUUGACUUCACAUGGGAAGGGCCUAUUCCAAACACUUUUUGCUGAAGAACUUGGUCUGAUUAUCGAGGUAAGCAGGGAAAAUUUGGAUUUGGUAAUGGAAAAACUAAGCAGUGAAAGUAUUUCUGCUGAGAUCCUUGGACAAGUUAGUGCCACACCCUCAAUAGAAUUAAAGGUCGAUGGGGUAACACAUUUGAAUGGGAGUACUUCUUCCCUGAGGGACUUGUGGGAGGAAACUAGUUUUCAGCUGGAAAAAUUUCAAAGAUUGGCUUCUUGUGUGGAUCUAGAGAAAGAAGGGUUGAAAGAUAGGCAUGAGCCUUCAUGGGAAUUGUCUUUCACUCCCUCUUUCACAGAUGAAAAGUAUAUGAGCAUUGCAUGCAAACCCAAAGUGGCUGUAAUUCGAGAAGAAGGCAGCAAUGGGGACAGAGAAAUGGCUGCAGCAUUUUAUGCUGCUGGUUUUGAACCAUGGGAUGUUACAAUGUCAGACCUUCUUAAUGGAUCCAUAUCACUGCAUGAAUUCCGUGGAAUUGUGUUUGUUGGAGGUUUUAGCUACGCUGAUGUGCUCGAUUCUGCAAAGGGUUGGUCUGCUUCCAUUCGAUUUAAUCAGCCCCUUCUAAAUCAAUUUCAGGAGUUUUACAAGCGACCAGACACUUUUAGUCUUGGUGUUUGCAAUGGCUGUCAGCUUAUGGCUCUUUUGGGGUGGGUUCCAGGUCCUCAAGUUGGAGGAGCGUUAGGUGGUGGUGGGGAUCCUUCACAACCCAGGUUCAUUCACAACGAGUCGGGACGGUUUGAAUGCCGGUUCACCAGUGUGACAAUAAAGGAUUCGCCUGCUAUAAUGUUUAGAGGAAUGGAGGGCAGUACAUUAGGUGUGUGGGCUGCCCAUGGUGAGGGAAGAGCAUAUUUCCCCGAUGACGGUGUUCUUGAUCGUGUGCUACACUCAAAGUUGGCACCAGUAAGAUAUUGUGAUGAUGAUGGUAACGAGACAGAACUUUACCCUUUCAACCUCAAUGGCUCUCCCUUGGGAGUUGCGGCAAUUUGUUCCCCAGAUGGGAGGCAUCUUGCGAUGAUGCCUCAUCCAGAGCGUUGCUUCUUAAUGUGGCAAUUCCCAUGGUAUCCCCAGCAGUGGGAUGUGGACAAGAAAGGCCCUAGCCCAUGGUUGCGGAUGUUCCAGAAUGCCAGAGAGUGGUGUUCUUAA